AAACAAUCUUUUUUUUCUAGAAAAUUUAUAAAAGAAUGGCGGCAUUACCCAAAGCAAAAAAUUAUAUAUUAUUUACUGACACGUUCGCAAUCAAUGAUAUGGAUAAAGAAGGCAAAAAAUUCGAUCGUGUGUCACGGUUUACCGGUAGAGGAGAGAAUUUAGAGAUGGAAUUGACAAUAGAUAUAAACACAGAGUUAUGUUCAUUGGAUAUAGGAGACAAAGUAAUGUUGAUGUUGACAACAUCAUUAUCAUUAGAUACAGCAAAUAUAGCCCAAAGCGAAGAAACAAUAUUACCAUUUCCUAUUAUGGCACAAGAUGAUCAGCAAGAAAAAUCUUCUUGGAGAGAAAAAUCUAAUAUGGAAAGAGAUUUAAGUGAUGAUUUCGAAUAUGUUAUGUAUGGUAAAGUUUACAAGUAUGACGAAGAAAAAAGAAGUAAAGUAGCUGUAUAUGUAUCAUUUGGAGGAUUGCUUAUGUCAUUAGAAGGAGAUUUUCGUCAUGUGCAAAAUAUUCAUGUCGGUCAAAACGUAUACAUGUUAAUGAAACAUCAAAUAUGAAAUAAUAAUAUUACUAGAUAAAAUAAUUUAAUAAUUAAGAUGGAUUUUUAAAAUUAUUUUAUUUAUCAAAGAUUAUUUUUAAUUAUUGAUAAAAAAAAC